AUGGCGUCUCCGGCUCCAGUCAAUCCGGGCGAUGCUGCUGGGAAGAAGAAGACAAGGCCGAACCCAGCACGACGGAAAGCGUCCAAAGUCAAAUCAGAAACACAAACACCACAGCUAGCAUCAAUUACAGAAGGAUUGGCCACCACAAGCCCAGCGGCGAGAUCAAACUCUACGGGGGACAGUUCCUCCGCCCCAAAGCAGUUGACCAGGACCAAGACGACACCUCCUACUGCCCCAGCCCCGCCCCAGCCCCGCCCGGAGCCCACGACAGCGUCCCAGAAGCCCAGUCUGACCCGGACAAGGACCGCACCUGAAUCUGGAAGCAAAACCAAGUCCCUGGCUCUCACAUCGCCGGCAUUGGUGACAGGCGGUCUCUUCGGCUGCGCAGCUGGAGCAGCCAUCUUACUCGGUGUGGGCAUCUGGUACGACUUCUCCGGCGCAGAGUCAGCAAUCCUCGCGGCCAGAGCGGCUAAAUUAUGCGUCGACAACCUAUCCGAGGAGAUCAUUACUUCUCUGAAGUCUGGGACCUACAGCGGUGACGAGGCUUUGGAUAUGCUGCGGCGUACUACGCUCGCUUAUGCAUCGACUAUCCCGGAAGGCGCGCCUUUUGUUGAACGCAUCUUCCGCGAAAUCGACAUGGUACGCAAGCAGCGUGGUCGAGAAGUCGACAAGGUCGUCGCAGAAACGUACGCAGAGCUGGCCAAAGCUGGCAUGAAAGGCGCCAAUUCGGCAGAAAUGCGCUCGAUCGUGCUAGGGCAGCUGAUGAAGCUUUCUACGUUUGCCAGCAAAGCUACGCAAGAUGUGGUCGCUCGGAAUCCAAACCUGCGGCCGUUCAAGGACGAGACCAUCAAGUCUCUACGAGGGCCGCCUGAAGCAAAGGUCCCGACUGUUAAGGUCAACAUGGCCGUGAGACAGAAGCCGAGUGCUGGUGGUUGA